CCGCCGUUCCAGCAGAAUCCAUCCGGUCUCCAGGGUGAGUUUCGCUCAGCGGUCGGGGACUGGCGGACAGUCCGGAUGAAGCACGCGCGCGGGCAAAUGCAAGCGAAGCUAUAGCUGGAAACGGCCCUCUCGUGCUGCAUGUCCGUCCGCCCUUGCUGACUGUGAUUCUGCUCACAGCACGUCCGCCAGGACCGCCAGGUGCGCCGCAAGGGCGUGCUCUCUCGCCAGCGCCGCCGCAAGGCCUGGCACCGCAUAUGCAAGGCAUGCCGCGGCCAGGCAGCACCGGCCCGUUCCCGCAAGGCCGACCUAUGCCUCCACCCGGCCAGCCGGGCAUGCCUGGACAGCCAGGUAUGAUGGCGCCAGGCGGCGGUCCGCGCCCACUGCAGCCGGGGCAGGCACCGCCGCGUGCCGGCAGCCUCACGCCUGGUCCGCCGGGCCAGGGCGGCCGCGUCAGCCCAGCGCCUGGCAUGCCGCCAAUGCCGCAGCAGCUCGGUGGGCGUCCGCCGAUGCCGCCCGGCCAGCCCAGUGGGCCGCAGGGCCAGGCCCGGCCCAUGAUGCCGCAGCAGCAGCAGCAGCAGCAGCAGCCACAGCAGAUGCACCCACAGAUGCAGCAGCAGCAUCAGCAGAUGCAUCCGCAACAGCAGCAGCAGCUCGCUGCGCAGAUGGGCGGCAUGAAUCUGGAUGCCGGCGGCGCGCCAAACGCCGGAGAGAUGCAGCCCGCAAAGACGAAGCGCAGCGCGCGUGCGUACCAUCAGCAAGACGAGCCUGUGCAGCAGGGCUACGGGCAGCAGCCGGGCCCGCAGGCCGCGUGGCAGAACGAGGCUGCCGCUCGCGUGGCGGGCUACGAGUCUCAGAUGGCUGGCCAGGCGGAUGCCGCGCUUGACCAGAUGCCGGGCCAGCGCAACGUCCUCUCGCCGGCUCAGGCCGCGGCCAACCAGCAGCGCAUGGCGGCCGAGGGCCAGCGUGGACAGCUGCAUGCGCCUGGCGCGCCUGGCGGCGCGUUCGCGCAGAGCAUGCCGCUGACGCCUGGCCCGCCGGGUCCGCACACGCCGGGUCUCGGACCCAACCCCAACUUCGCCCAGGGCAUCAGCCAGCCGCCGCACCAGGCUGGCCAGCGCUUCCCGGGCCCGCGCUCCAAGAUCGACCCGGACCAGAUCCCCAGCCCCGUCGAGGCGCAGGACGCCGACCAGGAGUUCUUCGACCGCGAGUGGUUCGCCACGUGCGGCCGUGGCGGCCUGCCGCUGAGCACGACGGACUUUGGCGCCAUCGACCAGGGCAACUGCUCGCCGAAGCACAUGCGGCUCACGACGUACAGCCUGCCGGCCACGGACGAGCUCGCCAACACGUCGCAGCUGCCCAUCGCGCUCAUCGUGCAGCCGUUCGCGCAGCAGCGCCUGGAUGAGGCGCCGGUGCCGGUCGUGGAGUGCGGCCCGAGCGGACCGCCGCGCUGCAAGCGCUGCCGCGCGUACAUCAACCCUUGGGCCAUCUUCGUCGAGGGCGGCCAGAAGUGGGUGUGCAACCUCUGCGGCACGGCCACAGACGUCGCCGCGGACUACUUCUGCCACCUCGACAUGGGCGGCCGCCGCGUCGACUUCGACGACCGUCCGGAGCUCAGCAAGGGCACGGUCGAGUUCCGCGUGCCGAAGGAGUACUGGGCCAUCCAGUCCGCGCCGCCAGCCAGCCUCUUGCUGCCUGUUGCCCCAGCGCUCACGCUCACCGAGACGGCCAAGCUCGCUCCGUCGGACACGGCAAACGGCGAGGAGUUCAACGGCACCACGAUGGGCCUGACGGGCCAGAGCGGGCAGGCCGCGCGCGCCGCAACCAAGGCGGCCAGCGAGGCGCUGAGCAGCACGCUCAACGUCGGCCAGGGCCGCACCACUGUGCGCGCGCCGCGGCCGAUGACGUACUUCUUCGCCAUCGACGUCAGCUUCUCGGCGGUGCGCUCCGGCAGCCUCAAGGCAUGCGUCGAGGGCAUCCGCGAGACCAUCUACGGCCCGCGCGAGGGUGAGGAGAAGAAGGAGAAUGGCGCAGACGCGGGUGCGCCAGGCUCGCAAGAGGAACCCGUCACUGGGCCCGGCUUCGGCCUGCCGCACGGCAGCCGCGUGGCCAUCCUCACCUUUGACCGCUCGCUGCACUUCUACAACCUCCUGCCCGAGCUCGAGACGGCGCAGAUGCUCGUCGUCGCCGACAUAGACGACCCCUUCGUGCCGAUCAGCGAAGGCCUGCUCGCCGACCCGUGGGAGUCGCGCAGUGUCGUUGAGGGCCUGCUCGACAACAUCCCGAGCCUCUUUGCCGACAACACGGCCUCGGAGGCGGCGCUCGGCGCAGUGGUGCGCGGCGUGCAGGCGACGCUGAGCACGAUCGGCGGUCAGGCGAACGUGUUCCUCUCCACGAUCCCGACUAUCGGCCCAGGCUCGCUCAAGCACCGCGAGGACACGAAGCUGUACGGCACCGACAAGGAGAAGACGCUCUUUGCGGCGCAGGACGGUUGGUACCGCGGCGUGGCCGAGGAGUGCGUCGACGCCGGCAUCGGCUUCAACAUCUUCUUCUUCCCGAGCCAGUACAUCGACGUCGCCACGAUCGGCACGCUCAGCGGCAUCACCGGCGGCGAGCUGUACUUCCACCCGCGCUUCGACCCCGUGCGCGACGGCGACAAGCUCGACGCGCAGAUCCGGCGCGCCAUCCUGCGCGAGUCGGGCUACAACUCGACGAUGCGCAUCCGCUGCUCCAACGGCCUGCACGUCACCGAGCACUUUGGCAACUUCUUCCAGCGCAAUACGACCGACCUCGAGCUCGCCAACAUCGACGCCGACAAGGCCGUCGCGGCGCUCGUCAAGCACGAGGGCAAGCUCGACGAGAAGCAAGAAGCACACUUCCAGUGUGCGAUCCUGUACACGACGGCGUCUGGCGAGCGCCGCGUGCGCUGCCACAACAUCGCCGUGCCCGUCACGAGCCUGCUCGGCAACGUCUUCCGCUACGCCGACAUGGACAGCACGGUCGCGUACUUCAUGAAGGAGGUCAUCUCCAUGGCCCACGUCAAACCGCUGCGCGACGUGCGCCACUACCUGACGGAGAAGUGUGUCAAGAUCCUGCUGGCGUACCGGCGCAAUUGCGCCUCGUCGACAAGUCCGGGCCAGCUCAUCCUGCCCGAGAGCUUCAAGCUGCUGCCGCUGUACUCGCUCGCGGUCAACAAGACCAAGGCCGUCAAGGGCGGCAGCGUCACGAGCGACGUGCGCACGUUCUACAUGCGCCACCUGCGCGCCCUCGGCACCGGCGCCACGAUGGCCAUGCUGUACCCGCGCAUGAUCGCGCUGCACUGCAUGGCCGAGAACGACGGCGAGCCGAUCAAGAUCGAGCGCGUCGACGAGCGAGGCAACAAGACGGAGGUGCAGGGCGCGCGCGUCAAGUGCCCGCCGCUCAUGCGCCCGAGCUACCUGCGCAUGGAGCCGCACGGCGCCUACCUCGUCGAGAACGGCGAGAUGUGCAUCCUCUGGCUCGGCGCACAGGUCAACCCGCGGCUGCUCGACGACCUGUACGGCGUCAACUCGCUCGACGAGCUCGACUCGCGCAUGACCAAGCUGCCAAAGCUGCCGACGCGCCUGUCCCGCCAGGUCCGCGCACUCGUCGACAGCUUCGCUGCGCAGCGCGCCAAGCCGUCGCUCCCGGUGCUCAUCGCACGGCAGAACCGCGACGGCAUGGAGGUCGAGCUGGCCAACUCGCUGGUCGAGGACCAAAACAACGACGGCAUGUCGUACGUCGACCACCUGUGCCACAUCCACCGCAUCAUCACGGCAGAAAUCUCGGGUAACGCAUCCUCGGGCAACUCGAACGGCGGCGCCACCGAGGCAGACAAGGCGUCGCUCUGGCGCGGGUGGUAGGCGUCCAGGCCGCAGGUGUGCACACAUAGACUCGCCCCGCGCUCACGAUCACGACUGUCGGGCCUGCCUCGCUCCCACGUCCCCAAUGCAUCAUGAAAGCCUUGCUGAUGUCGUUGCGAUGGAGGCAUAGGCGGCCCCAGGGCUGUGUAUCCGUGCGGCUGCACGGCGUCGUGCUCGGCCCGACGGUGCGGCCGAGCUUUUCCGCCAGCGUGCGCUCGCCCAGACGGCACGGCGACCUGUGCCGGCGGACUGCACCAUCUCGCCUGCGG